AUGGCUCUGAUGCCAGGCGAUGACGAGGUUACUCUUCAACGUGACAUUCUCCUUCUGUCUGCUGGUCUGCACUCUACAGCACCUUCCACACCCGUCUCCACACCCGAAGACUACAAAAAGCCUGAAGCCCCAGCCAACUUAAUCAAUGCUAUCGUUGCGCUGCUAACGACUGCGACAACGGUCGGCGCGCCAGAGGAUGAACGUGAUCUUGCAGGAAAUCGGGUCGUUGCUGCCACCGUGGUCUCAAAUGAAGUGGAUCGUAUUGAGGCCUUCAUCAUCACUCGCAAUCCCAAGGCCACCAGCAAGAAAGGGACAGCCAGCAAUCGAGACUAUCGAGUUGAGCUUCUUGGCGGCGACCAGUGCAAGCUCCACAAAAUACUCUUCUCCCCGACUCCCCAAAGGGGAUAUGUCCGGUGGGAGCAACAUGUCAAGGACGUCUUCUCCAUUUUUAACUCUUGGUCUAAGAGUAGCAUGGACUGCAGCACCAGAGAGCUUGCGUUCUAUAUUUUCUUCCUUCGCCGCUGCUAUCCGAAAAUAGUAGCACGAAUGCGAACCGCAGAGCAUCUUUGGGGUGAUCACCCUCUUGUUAUCCUUCACGAAUGGACCUCAGGACACCAGCCAACUACUCCAGAAAGAUUUGAACUUUCCAUCCCAAACUACGAUGAUGGAAGCAAGACAGAGGAAGUGCAUGGUUGGUUGGCCUCGCGCGGUCUUCAGCCAAAUGAAAGCGGUAAAUUUAUUGUUGGUCCAUCGGACACUCUGUGGUGGACUAGUCUUCUGAAGGAAGAAUACGAAGCUUUGAAGGAAUCCUUGGGCAGCGCUCAAGAAGGCCCCGAAGUGCACUGCCUCAUUCGAGCCUUUGCAGCUUUGACACGGAUUCGAGCUCUUGCCUCGUCCAAGCUCUUUGAACGCCUGUUGUUGGCUGUACCCAGCCUCACUGAUCGUUUGCACGAACCGAAUGAUUUCAAAGAUGAAACUGUCAAGGACUUCCGCGUUGGUAAUCGUCUGGAGCGCUGUGUCAAGACACUCGUCUCCCUCAUCCCUUCCAUGGUCCAGGUCAUCCAAUUUUUAAAGUUGAGACUGGGAACAUCAUUCACGGCGUCCUUAAUCAUUUACCCACCUGCCCUCAUUCCUCUCUACAAGCCAGCGUAUCUUGAAGAGAUCAUCAACGGUCUAUCCGGCACUGUUCUCUCUCAGGAUGCCAAGGACUACAUGCUUUAUGGUUCGAAGGUUGCAAUUUACAGCGACAAGAACGUAAAAGAGGCCAAUCCAGCUAUGGAAGCACAAUUCCAACUCGCUCGUGCCAGCGGUAAGGUUGACCGCCUCAGUCAACUACUUGGAUUCGUCAGCAAAGGGAUGGCGCAUUGUGAGGCCAUUAUCAUGAGGGCCGUCUACACCUCAAAGGUCAAUGAUAGCGGCAUGAAGCUCAUUCCUAAUCUCAACCCGACGGGAGAAAUGCCGAUUGGAGUGGGCAAGUGGUGCUGUUGGCUGUGCUGGAAGUUGCACCUGCACCUUAAUUCUGUGAUCCCAUCCAGCCCUAUUGUGGUUUCUGGCUCGCACGGCAUCGUGUACACCUGGGUCACUCCUGCAGGUCUGCCUCUCACUUUUCUCAAGGCCUUGCGAACGGACCUGGCUAACGCGCUGGAUACGGCAGCGAAGAAAGCUCGCAAUGUAGUAACCUCAAUGCAGAGCAGCAUCUGUGGAGAGACUGGCAUUUAUAUCAGUGGUACCAACAAGCAAUUCAAGAAUAUCAUCCAGUUUUACAAUGAAGACUAA